UUUGUCUAAAAAAAUGCCAUUCAUUCAAUCGUAGUAUCUCAGGAAGUAUCAAACCUGUUGCAGCAGCCCUUUUUUCGCCUUCUUCAUAUCCAACCCCUAUUCGAAGAGCACCAGCACUCUGUCCAAUACUCCUUCGCCCUGGGCAAAUCCUAUUGUUUCAAUUCUGUAUGUCGAAUUCACCAUUUCCGUCGCCGCCUUCUGCACCACCACCUUCUGCACAGAUUACUACACCAUCUGCAGUAACAGAAACGACGAUCAAUGUGCCGUUGAACGAGCUGAAAUGUGAUUUAGUUAAUAAUUAUGAAACCAGCGGUAGUAACAGUGCCAAGGUAAUGCAACAUCAAUCGAUGACCUUCAACACCUCAGGUGAGUGCAUUUGGGCCACCCAGUAUCCAGAGAUCCAAAAAGCAUGUUACCUACGACGAGUGUGUCAAUUUGCCCCACCCAAAGAACUGCGCGUACAAAACGUUACGUCCAUCCUGCAGAUGGGGCCAACCUGUGGUCUCACCGCUCUCAGCAUGCUUUUCGAAGGAUCGCCAUCGGCCAAAAGCUUCCUCGAGAUGGCAAUUGAGAAGGGUUAUUCGAAUAACGGUGAAAUGUUUAGCGCGUGUCAACUAAACGAUCUACUGGCAAUAGCUUUGGACGAAAAUCGGCAUCUGGUAGAGUACGGACCGGUGACACACACCCUCGUUGGAGGCGACAUGGACGAUGCAAACAUCAGAAUGCAACUGCGGCUGGGUGCAAUGUUUUUAGUGCCAUAUGAUCCCGACCGAAAUCACACACCAAGCUUAAACAGAGGACAUAAGGCGCACUGGGCGCUCAUCGUAGGAUAUUUAAUAGACCAAUUUGACGAUUUCUAUGUCUUCGCUCGCCACGGGAAAACGAAGAACCUCGCACUGUGGCCUCUUAGAGAUUUAGCGCGCAGCAAUGCCAAUCUAGUCGAAUUUUGUCAGCCGACCGGCUAUCCCAAUGAGAUUUUUAUUCUACCCGAAGGAGGAAUCGGUGGCCAAAAGGGUUUGCGCUGCAAAUUUAUAAUGAUACAACAUUACAAAGCAAGGGAAGAAAUUGCUUUAUAACGCAAAGCUUUUGUACGAUCAUAUCAUUUAAUUUGAUUCGUUCCGACCAUCGAUAGGCUUACAAAUACGAUUGGUUUAUGCUCAAAUGUAUUGAACUAUUGUACAAGUAUUCUUCCCUAUUAGAGAACAGAAACAACAUAAUCCAUCCAAAACAUCUUUAGUCGGAUAUGUUCAGGUGAAAAUAUAUGUUCCUACUGGCGACAUCAACGGCAUUCUACUUUAAGUAUAUUCAUUCGGUUGUGUAAUGGCACAUGUGCCUAUUGAUAUUUACUACGAAACGUUGCCGACCCCCACGAUGAUUUUAAUUUAUAUUUAUUAGAGAAACAUAUCAGUAAAUAUUUAGAACGCAUAUUGCUUGAAACAAUCUCUCACUUUUUGAUGGGUUUCGAAACAGUAUUCGUUACAGUUAACCUACGGGGAACGUUUUUUAAUUUAACUAACUUUUAAUCGGUUUUAAGAAACUACUGACGUUAUUUACAAUAUUAAAGUUGAUUGACGUGGCAAUAA